GCUCUCACACCAGCAAAUAUGGCACCAACGAUACCCGACUUCGAUGACCUACCCUCGGUAGAAGGCAUGCCGCAAGGCUGUGCGUGGGGCAUAUUUGACAAGAAUGGGAAAAAAGAUAUGAUAGGCACGCUAAAUUUGCUCACACCUGAGGUGGUAGCUGCGGCAUGUAAAGAAGCGAGAGAUGGUGUUUCGAUAUCGCUCGACUGGCCUCUUAACGCCAUCAAAUUCCCCAUGCCUGGCCGCAUCAACCCUGUCCACAAAAUCAUGACGCUCAGCGAAGCUGGUCUUGGCAGCGGUGAAGGAUGGGAUGACGAAAUCACAUUCAAUACUCAGAAAACUAGUCAAUGGGACAGUCUCGUGCACUGGCAAGACCCGAAGACUAAGCUCGCAUACAAUGGCAUCCAGGUCACCAAAGAAGCACUAUCCGUAUCUAGUACGGAGAAGAAUUUGAUGCCUACUUUGGACCACUGGCAUAGUGUAGGAGGUCUUGUAGCUCGUGGUGUUUUGAUUGACUACAAAGCCUGGUACGAAUCGAGAGCCACCACUGAAGGAAAGUCCGGCGACGACGCCAUGUGCCAGCCAUUCGAUGGCUAUCGCAUCACUGUUGGAGACAUUGAAGCUAUUGCGAAGCACCAAAAUGUCGAGUUCAAGCCCGGUGAUGUGCUCAUAAUUCGCACCGGAACGACGGAAACCCUGGAAGCACCAACGCCAGCUGAUUUUGCCAAGAUGGCACAAGUGCAGAUCAUAGGUGUGGACGGUACAAAAGAAACUGCGAGAUGGCUCUGGGAUCGACAUUUUGCAGCGGUAGCUGGUGAUUCGUGGGCUUUCGAGGCAUUGCCCCCAUUGAAUGACAAGCGAGAGGCGGUGGCGUUGGAGGAUCUCGUUCUACAUCCUUGGCUCCUCUCCAUGUUUGGCAUGUCCAUCGGCGAACUCUGGGAUCUGAAGGCCCUUUCUGCACAUUGUGAGAAGACGGGUCGAUACUCGUUUAUGCUUACUUCUACGCCGCUUAACAUUCCUGGGUUGGUGGGCUCACCCCCGAAUGCUCUCGCGAUUUUCUAAGCGCACAUUCUCGGAACACCCAUCCGGCAUGUACAUCGGCCGUGUUACGCUGCAAGUGAGGUGGAGAUACGGGGCAACAAAGGCUAUUUAACACGCCCCAGCAAGUGCUGACGUUGGUUGGUGGUUUUAAAUUGGAGUAAGACCUAAUGUUCAGUAGCUUAAAGCUCGUCCCCCAGAUCGUGACGUCUAUCCUAAUUGAACAAAACAAACU